GAAACAGAUCGGGUAAAGUCAAGCUGUUCGGAGUCUGUCAUUCGCUGGUUCAGUCCAGAAAGGCGGAGCUUGGAUGGGCGAUGAUGAGAGGACCCCACACGAUGGGCUGUCCUCUGCCUGCCUGCAGGAAAAGAGAGCUCUGGUCAGUUCAGUUAGUGUAGCAGUGGAGGCCAUCUUAUCUCAGUUCAGCUCUUCAAGGACUGUCGUUCAAAAGACUCUGUCUGUAGACGAGGCUCUCUCUGGAGACAGUAAUGUGAACCCGUCCCUGGGUCGACUGGUCGUGCAGUGCCUGUGUCCAGCUCUGCGAAGCCUCCUCUGUGAUGGACUUAAGCCCCAUCAGAGUGACCUCAUUGCGGGCAGGAGGCCAAAUUCACCCUGGGGAUUAGUUCAGGCCUCCACAAAACCAGGCGCUGGGAUCCAGGCUCUACACAGCCUGCAGGUUCGCGUGGCCCAGCUGCCCCAGCUCAGGCAGAGUGGACACAGGUUUAACUCUUUCCUCCUCGGCCUCCUCAAUAUAAAACUGCUGGAUUACUGGAUUUCACAUUUGCAGUCCUGCAGUGAUGUGUUGGAGACGUACUAUCGUCCCUCUUCCUUCAUGCGUCUGUCGCUCGGUUCCUGUCAGCCUCUCUUUGAGGAGCUUCUCCUACUGCUGCAGCCGCUCUCCCUCCUGACCUUUAACCUCGACCUCCUGUUUCAGCACCACCACUUUGACCCCGCCUCCCCGCUCCUUUCUCCACCCAAUCACAGCCCAGACACACCCCGCCCACCAGGCCAGAGCUCAGGCUUCCGACUGUCACCCAAGGGGCCAUCUCAGGACCGCCCUGAGAGCGCGUCAGAGUUCGACAUCAGGGGCAUGGAUUUACAAGCGGCCAAUCACAGCACUGAAAGCUCAGAGAGAGCCAAUCCUACAGCCAGUCCAAGUUCAGGGGCGGUGGCAUCGUGUAAGGGAGAGAUGAGCCCUCAGCUGCAGUGGGUGCGAGAGAAAGAGAUUGCGCCCCCUGUGGUUGAGAGCGUGAACAGUUUUUCUCAGCAGGCGGGCCAGGCUCUUCAGCAGGGCUGGGGGGUGGUGUUGAGUUGGGGAGAGCGUCUGGGGCAGAACUGGGGCGGUUUGGUCUCCUCUGGGUUAACAGGCACUGAUGCUCCUACCUCAGCAGACCAUGUGAAGACAGACCUGUCUCCAGAUAUGUGUCCAAAGCCAGGCUGGGGAAGCGCAGGGCCCAGAGACGAGUGCUCUCUGUCGGAGAGUGGAGGGGCUGGAUCCUGGAGGUUCAGUCGGCUGUUUGGAGCAUCUAGAAACCCCAACAAUCAAACAACACCAACCCCAGCAAGCAGGCGUCCAUCUCACUGGCUGUCCCCUGGAGUAUCAGUUCUGACCCGUAUGGCUAAUGCCGGCCCAACCCUGCUGGCCGACAGGAUAGAAGCGGAGAGAAACGGAGAGAAAGAGAAAAAGGAGGAGAAGAAAGAAACUGGAGAAAACCCGAGAGGCCUCAGGGCGGUGAGAACUCUAUGUGACCAUACGGGCACAGGGGAGGAGCUGAGCUUCAAGAAGGGGGAGGAGCUUGUUGUCCUAGGUGGUGUGGACCAAGACUGGAUUCGCUGUCGUCAAGGAGACAAGGAGGGACUUGUUCCCAUUGGCUACGCUUCCCUCAUUAUUUGACUUUCCCAUCUGUGAUUGGAUGAUGGUGUGAGUGGAGGCAGGGGGCUGCAGAGAUCAACAUGUGACUGAAUGAGAAAUUGAUAACACGUAUUGAUGUAGUAACUAGUAUCUGUUUAAAUGUUGACCUUCCACCUUUGUUGCCUGGUUUGUGAU